CCGUUCCGCCAUCAUGAAGUCCUGAACAAAAAGCGGAUGACAUAGAAUAGGGGAAAAAUAUAAAUGGUGUAGCCAGUCGGUCUGUGUCAGCAAUCAUUUAAAGAAAUAACAUAAGCGGAAAUUAUACAUUUCAAUUGCAAUGGCAACAAAUGCAACGUAGGAUCGAGUUCAGUUUAAUUUAGCGACCCGUUUCAUAUUGACAAUCAGCUGAUUAUUAGGCUAGGCUCUUGACUGAAGGGGCAGCUAUCGGCAGCUAACAGCUAUCCAGCUAGCAGGGAGGAUUCCUUGUUCCAAUAGGUUAUGUCAGUCAGAUCAAUUGUGAGACACCGCAAACGAUAGCUAACCAGUCGGCCAGUUAGCUCAUCAGUUACCGGAGAAGACUGUCGAGCAUUUCGAGGAUGGAGUCCAUAUGAAAGACAAUGCAACUUGUGUGCGUUGAAUAAAAACGGGGAAGAAAGAGAACUCAAUUUUCCUUGCCAGGCCAGUUAGCUAGCUGCAGCUAGCUACAGUGGAUUCCAUAAACCACGGCGCUGGCCAUGCCGUCCAGUGUACGGGCAGGUAGCCUGAAGGACCCAGAGGUGGCGGAACUCUUCUUCAGGGAGGACCCCGAAAAGUUCUUCUCUGACCUCCGUGAGAUCGGCCAUGGCAGCUUCGGGGCCGUCUACUUCGCUACGGACAUCCGCAGCAAUGAGGUGGUUGCCAUCAAGAAGAUGUCCUACAGUGGCAAACAGUCCAACGAGAAAUGGCAGGAUAUUAUCAAAGAGGUGAAGUUCCUUCAGAAGCUACGUCACCCCAACACUGUGGAGUACAGAGGAUGCUACCUGCGGGAACACACCGCCUGGCUGGUGAUGGAGUAUUGUCUGGGUUCAGCUUCAGAUCUGUUGGAAGUUCACAAGAAGCCCCUGCAGGAAGUCGAAAUAGCGGCCAUUACCCAUGGUGCACUGCAGGGCCUGGUCUACCUUCACUCCCACAACAUGAUCCACAGGGAUGUGAAGGCUGGUAACAUCCUCCUUACAGAGCCUGGUCAGGUGAAGCUGGGUGACUUCGGCUCUGCCUCCAUUGUGGCUCCUGCCAACUCCUUUGUGGGGACCCCCUACUGGAUGGCACCGGAGGUGAUUCUGGCCAUGGACGAGGGGCAGUAUGAUGGCAAAGUGGAUGUGUGGUCUCUGGGCAUCACCGCCAUAGAACUGGCUGAGCGUAAGCCACCGCUGUUUAAUAUGAAUGCUAUGAGUGCCUUAUACCACAUCGCCCAGAACGAGAGCCCUGUACUGCAGUCCAACCACUGGUCAGAGUAUUUCCGUAACUUUGUGGACUCCUGUCUGCAGAAGAUUGCUCAAGACAGACCUACCUCUGAUGUGCUGCUCAAGCAUCACUUUGUGUGCCGCGAGCGCCCCCACACGGCGGUGAUGGACCUGAUCGCGCGCACCAAGGACGCGGUUAGGGAGCUGGACAACCUGCAGUACCGCAAGAUGAAGAAGAUCCUCUUCCACGAGACCCUCAACGGACCCACACAGGAGGGAGCGGAGGAGGAGGAGGAUGUGGAGCAGUACAUGUUGCGCACAGGCACAGUGAACAGCAUGGAGAGCUCCCAUUCGCUGCCGUCCAUGUCAAUCAGCGCCAGCUCCCAGAGCUCCUCGGUCAACAGCCUGGCCGACGGCUCGGACGACAGCGGAGAGAUGGCCAUGAUGCAGGAGGGGGAACACACCGUCACGUCCAACAGCAGCGUCCUGCACAAACCACUGAGCCAUGAUAAUAUCUAUGACGACCCGUACCAGCCUGAGCUGGACUCCCAGCCGCAGCAGAUUGUUAGUGGAGGAGGAGAGCGAGGAGAGAGAGGCGAAAGAGGAGGUGGAGGUGGAGGCGGAGCGGGCGGAGGAGGAGGAGGAGGAGGAGGUGAAAGAGCAGGAGGUCGUCGUCGGCGCGGGCGAGACCACUUCGCCACGAUCCGCACGGCGUCGCUGGUGACGCGUCAGAUCCAGGAGCACGAGCAGGGCUCGGCGCUGAGGGAGCAGAUGUCCGGCUACAAGCGCAUGCGGCGGCAGCACCAGAAGCAGCUCAUGGCCCUGGAGAACAAGCUCAAGGCCGAGAUGGACGAGCACCAGCUGCGGCUGGACAAGGAGCUGGAGAACCAGAGGAACAACUUCAGCGGAGAGGCCGACAAACUCAACAAGAAACACCAGGGCCUCCUGGAGAAGGAGACGAAGGGGACGCUGACGGAGGAGAAGAAGUUCCAGCAGCACAUUCUGGCGCAGCAGAAGAAGGAGCUCACCAGCCUGCUGGAGUCCCAGAAGCGCCAGUACCGCCAGCGCAAGGAGCAGCUCAAAGAGGAGCUGAAUGAGAACCAGUCCACCCCUAAGCGGGAGAAGCAGGAGUGGCUGGUGCAGCAGAAGGAAUGUUUGCAGCAGCUGCAGGCGGAGGAGGAAGCGGGGUUGCUACGGCGACAGCGUCAGUACUACGAGCUGCAGAGCCGCCAGUACAAGAGGAAGAUGCUGCUGUCCAGACACAACCUGGAGCAGGACCUGCUGAGAGAGGACCUGAAUAAGAAGCAGACGCUGAAGGACCUGGAGUGUGCGAUGCUGCUGCGGCACCACGAGUCCACGCAGGAGAUGGAGUUCCGCCAGCUGGGGGCGCUGCAGCGCACGCGGGCCGAGCUGAUCCGCGCGCAGCACCAGAGCGAGCUCACCAACCAGAUGGAGUACAACAAGCGCCGCGAGCACGAGCUGCGGCAGAAGCACGCCGUCGAGGUCCGCCAGCAGCCCAAGAGCCUCAGAUCUAAGGAGCUGCAGAUCAAGCGUCAGUUCCAGGAGACGUGUAAGAUCCAGACGCGGCAGUACAAGGCUCUGCGGAACCACCUGCUGGAGGCCACUCCCAAGAGCGAGCACAAGGGGGUGCUGAAGCGCCUCAAGGACGAGCAGACCCGCAAGCUGGCCAUCCUGGCUGAGCAGUACGACCACUCCAUCAACGACAUGCUCUCCACGCAGGCUCUGCGAUUGGACGAGACGCAGGAGGCGGAGUACCAGGUGCUGCGCAUGCAGCUGCAACAGGAGCUGGAGCUGCUCAACGCCUACCAGAGCAAGAUCAAGAUCCACACCGACACACAGCACGAGAGAGAGCUCAAGGACCUCGAGCAGAGGGUCUCCAUACGCAGGGCCCUACUGGAGCAGAGGAUUGAGGAGGAGAUGUUGUCUCUGCAGAAUGAGCGGUCAGAGCGGAUCCGCGCGCUGCUGGAGCGGCAGGCCAGUGAGAUCGAGGCCUUCGACUCGGAGAGCCUGCGUCUGGGCUUCAGCAGCCUGGCGCUCACCGGCGUCCCGUCCGAGGCCUACCCCAAGCAGGGCUACCCGUCCGGGGGGGGCCAGCCCCCAAGGCCCUCCGGCCACUGGAGCCACGGCGGGGGGCCGCAGCAGCCCCCCCACUCCCGCCGAGGGCCCCGAGAGUCCUCCUCUUCGUCCUCCUCGUCCUCGCACGGGGGGCGGGGGGGUGGAGGUGACGGAGGAGGAGGAGGAGGAGGAGGAGGAGGAGGUCUGGGGCUGGGGCUGGGGCUGGGUCACGUGGCGGCGUCGUCGCGCUCCUCUUCGUCCUCCUCGUCCUCCUCGUCGUCUCAGCAGCACCAUCAGCACCAGCAGCACCACCGGCACCAGCUGCCGCAGCACUACCACCACCAGAGCACGCCGCAGCUGUACCGCGAGCGCGACCGCGAGCGAGAGAGGGGGGACCGGGAGCGCGAGCGCGAGAGAGGGGACCGCGAGUGGCCCCCCACCGCCGCCCCGCAGCACCACCACCACCACGGCCACCACCCCUCCGCCUUCCCCCACCACCUGCCCUCGCGCUCCUCCUCCCAGUCCCUGGCCCUGCUGCCCCCCCCUCCGCCUGCCCCCCCCUCCCUCGGCCCCCCCUCGGGCUCGGGCUCGUCCGGCAGUGGCGGUGGCUAUGGCGACCGUGGCGGAGGCGGUGGUGGAGGUGGGGGUGGGGGGGGUCUGGUGGUGCGGGGGCCCAGCCUCAUGGCCCUCAGGAACAGCCCCCAGCCCCUGCGCAGGACGGCCUCUGGAGGGGGGGCCACGGCCGGGGGGGCCGACGGAGUCCUGAGCAGAAGCACCUCCGUCACCUCCCACAUCUCCAACGGAUCACACCUCUCCUACUCCUAAACACAGCACACGCCUGGGGGUGUGUGUGUGUGUGAGUGUGAGAGAGAGAGAGAGACAGAGAGUGUGUGUGUGUGUGUGUGUGUGAGAGUGUGUGUGUGAGAGAGAGAGACAGAGAGGGUGUGUGUGAGAGAGAGAGACAGAGAGAGUGUGUCUGUGUGUGUGUGAGAGUGACAGAGAGAGAGAGAGAGUGUGUGUGUGUGUGUGUGUGUGUGUUUUGGGCGUGGGGAUAGAGGGGAGUUGUAAGAGUUGUCUGUAGUUCUGAUUAGAGAUGUAGAGAUUUAACUAUAAAAAAAACAAGCAGGUGAAGCGCGUCCUAUAGGAGAGAUACAAGAAAGAGCACAUUUUUAUCUUUAUCCUUUUAUUACACACACACACACACACACACACACACACACACACAUUUUUAUCCUACGUUUGGCAUCGUAGCUGGUUGUUUUUAAUCAUUAUUUUUAUAUGGGUGUGGUAGAGGGGGAAAGACACACGUAUGACACUACUGGCGUAGGGCGACAGAAGGCUUUUUUACGUCUUCUUGGAGGGGGCAUUCUGCCCGCCCGUUAAUCGGCCCUGGCGUGGUGUUAAAGGGGAUGCCAGCGUGCCACCCUGGGUGGCUAUGGGGCGUGGAGCGGGCACGCCAGGCCGUUUAUUUGCAUCAUCUAACGAACACACUGAAUGUUGACCAAGUUAAUGACUCACUGACAUAACACACACACACACACCUGAAUUCACCUCAGCAGGAUUGUGUUUGUGUGUGUUUGAGUGUGUGUGUGUGUGUGUGUGCGCGUGCGUGAUUUUAAUGGCUCUCUCCGACCUAAGCGUCUUUUUAGACUGAUAUCCAGGAGAGCAGCAGCCAAUGCAUGUGAUCAGAGUGAGAGCAUUUGUACUCAUCCGAUAGCCAAUCACCUUUGAGCUUGGAGACUUCCUGUCUGAGCUCCUUCCUGUUUAGAGUCACUGUCCCACCUGCAGGAUCUUCUAUUGUAAAUAUGAAUGGAAAUAUUAAACAAUGCUGUCCACGGUUUUUUUUUUUCUAUAGGUACAUUGAGAAUCCUAGUCAUUUUUGAUAUGAGUAAGUUAAAAAGAAACAUGUUGCGGUCAGACCUGACGUGUCCAGUGGAAGAGGAGACGCGUGUUCUCGUGUACGCGCUGACGAGUGGACGCGGGGGUCAUUCAUGUGCUUUAAACCACUAACAGAGCGGGAGGGUUUUAACAACAACAAGAAGAAACUAAAUAUCUCUCCUUUUAUUGCGUUGUCAGGUUUAGUGUGUUAAUCGGCAUCAAUGGUUAUUAAUACGCUGAUUAUUAACAAUUUUUGCGUGUGUGUGUGUGUGUGUUGAUUGAAUGAUGUUACAGAACAAUCCAGUACAGAUUUUUUUGUGUGUACACAAACUCUUGAGACUGUAAAGACAUCAGCUGCGGUAAGACACAGCAUCAGGACCCUUCCCAGGAUGCAUCUGGGUCAGCGCCUGCAACUGACCCGAGCUGGUUCCGGUCCACUACCCUCUGCUGCUGUCCGGGCCUGAACGGCCGACCCGGGCGGGUGGACAGCGUGAGGUUUGGACCGAACACAAAUCUGUCAUCCACUACAGGAGCGACCGGUCACUUCACAUUAACAAAAUAAAACACUGACUCUGUAUGGGCCAAGUUCUCCAAGAGGGGGAGACAGCGCCCUUUAUGGUUCAGAUAUGAUGUGUGUGUGUGUGUGUGUGUGUGUGUGUGUGUAUAUAUGUGUGUGUGUGUGUGUGUGUGUGUGUGUGUGUGUGUGUGUGUGUGUGUGUACGCAUGUUGAACAGUCAAGACACUCACAACCACAAGGCUUUACUGCAAAAAAAAGUGUGUGUUGGGGACCAGAGGGGAAAAAAGCGCAAUGUUGCCCUCGUAGAUAUGUGUUGCCAUGACUGCGCACCCUCACACACUCAGAGGCCCGGACACGAGGAAGAGGAGAGGAGAUGAGGAAGAGGGGGCAGCAAGAUGAUGAUGAUGAUGAUGAUGAUGAUGAAAAAACAACAAACAAACAAACAAACAAAAACUGAGACCCGAGAGAAACACCAGCUGUGUGUGCCGCCCCUCUGCCUGUCCCCUGUGGAAAGAGUCGAGUGCAUGCACAACUCCUACUGUCAUAGAGUGGGGGGGUGUGGGCAGGG